AUGGUGCGGCGAUGGCUCGGCCUUGGCCAACUUGGGCUUGCCAUGGCAAAGCCCACGGAGCGGUACGCACGUAGCAUGGUGGCAAAUGCGGACGACCUACUUCGCUGGUUUCCGAACGCCAGCCUGGUCGUCUUGAGGGGAGCUGCAGUUCAGAUUGGGAUUGAAGAGUUGGGUAUGGCGGAGGCUCUCCUCGGCAGUGAGCUGUUUCCGAAGGAUGCACUUCGUUUUGGCCUGGGCAUCUACAACCCAUCCUUGGCCCAUGCAAAGCCCGGCUACCUCCUCGCCAUGUUCCGGGCUUCGAAUUGGCACUAUUGUCCAGAAUCAGGGUGGGAUGGAAAUUGGACGAGUGUCCCACAUCACAAAGCACAGGCAAACCAAUACAACCAACCGAUACUGGCCACACUGAAGCUGCCGGACUUGACAGUAGUUGAGGCGGUUCCUGUGGCCUUCCAGCGCGACAGCUUCCGGGCUCGCUUCCAGGAGGUGCAGGAUGGCAAAGUUCUUGCAGAAAGAUCCAUCGAAGGUCCGGAGGACCUUCGGCUUUACAAGUUUGAAGAAGACUACUGGCUGUCGUUCAGCUUUCGAACCGCUUACAUCGCAAAGCUGCGAACAAGGCUCUGCUUUGGGUCACGGGCACAUGGCUGCACGCCUGCUGCCUGGAUCGAGACCGGCAGUCUUACAGAAAUCACUCCGGAGGCGCUUCAUCGCCGGGAGCACCGGGAGCAGCAGGCCUUCAAGAAUCUGAACAUCGCCACCCUCCGCAAGGAGUCUGUUCUGGUGGAGUUCUCCCUGAAUCCUCGCGUCAUGCUCGAGGUUGACUGGGCGUCGGGGCUCUGGCAGCAGGUGUCAUCAACGCAAACACCCGCUCUGCCUUUGCUUCCGACUUCGCAGUUCUUCUACAGAGGAGGCUUCUGCUGUGUGGGCCCAGUUGACUGGGGUGGACGGGAGGUUAGCCUCGGCAUUGCGCACAUCAAGUUCAACCGGUACGUCUUCCUGCAUCGUUUCUACGUGGUGAACAACAAGUCUCCCUACGAGGUGCUGGCGACCUCCCCAGAGCUUUGCUUCCACUACCUCGGCCAAGCAGGCCUUGCCUGGGAUGAGCUGGGACCUGGCUGUGAGACCGUGCAGUUCGCUUCAGGCAUGGUGCUCCAGAAGCUCCAUUCAGAGGACCAGACCAUUCUGCUUAGCGCAGGCGUCAAUGACUGCGAAUCUGCCUUUCUGAUUUUGUCCUUGGACGUCGUGCUCGAGCUGCUCGUGCCAGUUGAAACAAGCGGCAGUCGCUGGGAGGCAGAUGCGAAGGAGCUGGUAAACCUGCCAAAGACCUCCAAGGACCUCCCGCUAUCACGCACGCUCCGUGCAAUGAUGUUGCUGUCUCAGGCCGGUCCUUUUCGGAAGAAGGCGGUAGCCAAGGCUCAUUGGCGCUUGGUGCUACUUUGGGCACGACGUCUGCUUGCUGCCUCAGCGAGGCCCUGCCAAGGGAAAGAAAUGGCUGCCUCCUGUCUCGAGGAGCAAUCAGCUUUCAAGGAUGCUCUCUCCUGGAUUCGGCCGCUUUGGCACUUGCGGGGUGAACUGAAACACUUGCCCAGCUGGAAGGAGCAGCGGCAAGUCCUGCUUCAGCUGAAGGCCGCCAGUCAGCAUUUGCUCUUGCACGACGAAGCCAAGACUCUCACUUCAGAGCUUGCGGAACUUGAUGCGGAGGCUCGCUGA